CGACCGCAGUUAUUCGUGAUUGGCCAAUGUUCUGAGAGCAUCAGUCAAUGAUUGGCUACAAAACCACAACGAAGAAAUUAGCAACUGUGUUGCUUUUUGGGGCGUGUCCCGUCAUGCAACAACAACAAGGCGACUUCCGGUGUGCAGUUUGAUGGAUGGGAUGGACUGACUGGGAGUAUCACCCACAAGACAACUUUGCCUACAUUAUUAGACAAGAUACGAUUAAGAUUUGUUCUGUAUACCAAAUGAAUAGGGCACAUUUUCAGUGGUCAGGUGAACGAUGAAAAUAGUUUAUGAAUCUGUGAAGCUGUUCAAGAGAAUCUGUAGGACAAGACAGCUCAGUACUCGGUGCUGACAUGCAGCAAGCUAGCUAACGUUAGCCGCUGUUUGAAGUGUCGUGCGUGCCCCAGUGUUUUGUUUUAUAUUAGUAGAGCUAUACAGCUUGCACAUUUCUGGGUGGGUUAGUGUUUGCUCUGAGCGUGUAACGUGUUUCGCGGAGUGCUAUUGCUAUAUUUUGAGUAUCAGGACAUUUCCUUUUGCAUCUCAAGGAAUCCCUAUGUUAGACAGCGUAAGUUAGUAAAUCAAAUGCAGGUUGUUAUACGGCGUUUUCGCGGGAGGUCAUAAUAUUAAAAAAAAAAAAAAAAAGACUAUGAGUGCAGGGGAGGUUUUUCAUGAAAAGCAGAGACUGGAGUUGUGUGCCAUCCAUGCUCUCAACAACGUGCUUCAGGAGCGAGUGUUCACCAAGGAGACUGCCGACGACAUCUGCAAGCGCCUAGCCCCCCAAUGUGUCGUAAACCCCCACCGGUCGAUGCUGGGCACAGGGAACUAUGAUGUUAAUGUCAUUAUGGCAGCGCUGCAGAGUCGGGACCUGGCCGCAGUAUGGUGGGACAAACGAAGGUCUGUCCAGAGUCUGCAUUUGGACAAAGUUCACGGCUUUAUUCUCAAUGUUCCCUCUCGAGUGUCACUAGGAAUAGUAUCCCUACCUCUCAGACGACGACACUGGCUUGCUGUACGACAAGUUGGAGGGAAUUACUACAACUUGGACUCGAAAUUAAAGGGUCCCACGUGUAUUGGAGGUGAAACAGAACUUAGAACGUUUCUGGGUGAGCAGCUGUCGCAGGACGUGACGGAGAUGUUGCUGGUGGUCCAGAGGGAAGUGGAGGAGGACGGAACAUGGCUGAACACAGAGGAGGCGAAGAAGUGAUGCCUCAAGAUAGCGCACUUCCUCCCGAGAUGGCCAAGGAGGCCCCAAGUCGAGGGACGAUAAAGUUUUGGCAGCGUGGGAGUGAGACGCCCUUCCCUAACAAGCACUACAAAAAGGUCUGCAGACUUUGACGGAUCACAGACACGUAUACACUUACAUGAUAAAAUGCCCUCAAGAAGGGCUGUUACCUUGAAGGACCUAUAUGUAAUGGUGUGAAUGGUCACACACACAGGAUGCGUUCCAAUAUGCAACCUUGCGUCCUCCACUUGUGCUUGUGGCCUCUUACCAGGAAGUAAUAUGUUGUGAUGACUUCACUGACAACCGCAUUAUAUUUUAAUAUCUCGCAAAAGCUCAAUUGUAAAGUAAUUUUCUCAUUUGCAAACUGGAUGGUGAAUGAAGAAUAAUUCCCCAAAAAUUGUUGUGGCUAGGCUGAUAGUGGGGAAACCUAAUUGUUUUCUCCACGGACGCAGGGCAUCAGCAAAACGUGAAGCCACAAGCGCAAGUGGAGGACGCAAGGUCACAUAUUGGAAUGUACCCAAAUACACUGUGGCUGAGUGAAGAUCACUUCAGGAGUUGCUUUAAGGCCUCUCUCUCUCUCUCUCUCUCUCUCUUUAUCUAUCUAUCUCUCUGCAGUCUCAGAUUCUUUCUCUUCCUCUUUCUGGAGUCUUAAAUUCUCUCUCUGCACUCUUGGAUUCUCUCUUUCCCUCUCUCUCUCAGGUUGACAAGUAUGGUACUUGAUUCAGAAACAUAAUCAAUAGGUUUCAAAUGUUCUCUUUUCAUGCAUCUAUGCACUGCACUGCACAGCUUUAAUAGACACGGUGGAAUUAGCUUGUCUUUACUCAUCUAUGCACAGAAGAGGUUUCACAACGGCUGACUGUCCAGCUGUCUUUGUAUUGUUGUUAUUGUUAUUAUACUUCAUCUGUCUUGUGUGGUGUCUUGUCAAAAAAUACGGUAUGCCUUCCAUAAUGACCCAGAGCUUCUUCAGAGAUGUCUUUCAGGAUUUCACCUCCCCAUUCUCUUGUAAGAAGUUCAGAGGAAAUGAAGCAGUAAACUAAUAAUAAAAUAAACCUGACGUUAUUUAUAAGAAUGUAAA